AUGCUGUCAAUGUCAACUUUGAUAAAUGUUAUAUUAAUUUAAAAUUUAGUUUGUUGUAGGAAUACAAUAAAUAUUUAUUCAAAAAUGUUGAAAGUUACCACACGAAUAGAUUUGUUUAUAUUAGCACUAAAUAACAUGAGUCAGUGAUUAAAUAUAACUUGAAAUAAUGGGGAACAGUUCAGUUUAUUGAUUCAACAGGAAAAUUUACGACCAAAUUACUUUUUAACCUGUACAGUAAAAGAAAUGAAUAAAACGAAAAAUCAUGGUACUAAGCACAGAGUGGUCUCAAGUAGAGAUAAUUGAUUUAAUUAACGAUGGCUCUGGUCUUGGAUUUGGAAUCGUCGGAGGAAGAAGUACCGGAGUAGUUAUUAAGUCCAUCUUACCUGGCGGUUUAGCUGAUAAAGAUAGCCGUUUACAAAGUGGGGACCACAUACUUCAGAUAGGUGAUAUUAAUUUAAGAGGACUUACAGCAGAACAGGUGGCUACUGUAUUGAGGCAAGCUGGACAGCAGGUAAGGAUGGUUGUAGCCCGUCCGGUGGAACCGAGUUCAUCUGAUUUUUUAUUAUUCAACUAUUCAGCACCAAUUGUUCCUACAAGGGUAUUAAAUGAUCCAGAAGAAUUAGAUAGACAACUUGUUCAAAAUGGCUUCACCAAUUCGUAUAUACAGUAUAUAGAAGGUUUACAGGUUGUAAAAAGUGAUAAUGCUCAGGGUCAAUUAGAAAAUGAUACAAUCCCCUUGAGUCCAAAUAACUUUAAUGAAAAAAGUCUAAGUAUUAAGUCUACCCCUAAUGGUUUAGCUUCAGUGGUUGAUUAUCUCCCAAAACAACGUCCUCUUACACCAGUAACACCAAUUGAACAUAACAGUAUCAAUUCAGAACCAGAAACGGAAAAGAUAACAGUACACUUAGUUAAAGAUGAGUUUGGAUUAGGUAUCACGGUAGCCGGUUAUGUGUGUGAAAAGGAAGCACUUUGUGGAAUCUUCAUAAAAAGCCUUAAUGAACAAUCGGAAGCCUUCAAAUGCGGUAAAAUUCAAAUUAACGAUCGAAUAAUUGAAGUUGAUGGUGUUUCUCUAGAAAAUUAUUCAAAUUACGAAGCAGUUAAGAAACUUAAGGAAACUGGUAAUGAGGUUACGAUCACUUUUGAAAGGUAUCUGAGUGGCCCGAAAUAUGAACAAUUACAAGAAGUGAUAGCAGGUACCGAAAGAAAUAAUAAAGAUGUCAGUCCGGCAUCACCAUCUGCGACGACUUUAAGUUGGAUUCCUAUUGAUACUACAGAGGUGAAGAACGAUCCUGACAUUUCAUCACUUGAUAGUGCAAACAGUGUAACAUCAGAUCAAAAUCCAGAAUCCAAAGAAAUAUUUGUCGAUGAAAAUUUCCAAGUAAAUUUGGAAGACGAUCUUGAAUCAGUUAUAAGGCAGAAAUGGCAAGAUAUAAUCGGAGAUAAUGCAGAUAUAGUAGUUGCAAACUUAACCAAACUAAAAGGAUUGGGCAUAAGUUUGGAAGGAACAGUUGAUGUUGAAGGCGGAAUAGAGUUGAGACCACAUCAUUAUAUUAGGUCAAUUUUACCUGAAGGACCUGUAGGACAAAACGGUAAAUUGAGUCCGGGAGAUGAACUUUUAGAAGUAAAUGGUCAAAAAUUGCUUGGCAUACGACACGUAGAAGUAGUAAGGAUAUUGAGAGAUCUUCCAAAUACUGUUAGACUUGUAUGCUCCAGGGAACAUAAAAAUAACAGGGUUAUAAAUACCUCACAAGAUAGGGAGGCCUUCGAAGCUAGAAAUAUUUUAGGAGGCAGUUUAAAAAAUCUUCUGCCGCAACCUGAACAAAAAUUAUUAAAAGCGUUAAGUGAUACUAGCCUUAAUACUUCCAGUACAACUACAACAGUUACAGACAUCGAUGGCCAACAAAAAAUUAAAUCGCGAUCAUUAGAAGUAAUCAACUUAGUGCUGUGGUCAGAAGAAAUAGAAUAUCUACAAUUGAAUAAGACUGAAAGAGGCUUAGGUUUUUCUAUAUUGGAUUACCAAGAUCCACUAGAUCCUAAACGUACAGUUAUUUUAGUCCGAAGUCUAGUUCCUCACGGAGCUGCCGAACAAAAUGGAAAAUUAAAACCAGGAGAUAAACUUAUAAGUGUUAAUGGAGUAUCAAUAGCAACUGCUAUGUUAGAUCAAGCGGUGCAAGUAUUGAAAGCCGUACCUCCAGGUGUUGUUACUUUAGGAAUUUCCAAACCCUUGCCUAGUAGAAGAAAUAGCGAUACUUUGAGUAGUUUCAGUAUGAAUUCUUAAACACACACAAAAAAAUAAUUUAUUUCGAAUAUUUUUGAACGUUUGUUAACUUACACAAUAAAAUUGUCAUCUCAGUCCUAGAAUGGAAAGUAUACCCCUAUAUCCAUCGACUUUUCCAUCACUCAAAAUAUGUGAAAUUAUCAAAUAUCAUUUUUUUAGAGCUAUGAGCUCCAUAUUAUUUCUCCUCUAUGCAUUUAUUACUGCCUCAAUUCAAUUAAUUGUUUAGUGUUUUUAACAUUUACUCCUCUUCUAAAUGUUACAAAUUUUUUUAAGUGAAAAAAUAAUAGGUCAUCAAAAAUUUUAAGAAAUUCCUAGUAAUUAGAGAAAUUCUAAUAAUGUUGACACAGUGGCACUGCUAUUUUCCAUUUGGCAAUAAACGAUUGCUCCUAUUACUUCCAUCUCUGAUAAAUCGAUUGAUAUUUUGCUUCCCUAUGCAGAGUUUUGUUGUGUGUCUUGGAAAAGAACAGAUUGUGUUGACAGUGUUCCGAAAACGUUACCUGUUUACUCAUCUAAAUUGAUCACACAAAGCUGUGAUCAGUUCCGUUAUAUAUUGUUUUGUAAAAAUAAGAGGUAAUUAUAUCGAUCACUUAAAGUGGCCCUUCGAAUAUUUUUUGCGACAUUUGUAAAUUUUUCCUGAAGCCAUCUCUUAAUAGGACUGGAAAAGUGUCGACAUUUUUAACUUGUUUCACUCUAUGACUGGAUUACUGACAUUUUUAAUUUAUUUAAUGUUUUAUAUUUCAUAUAACUUACCGAUGAGGAUCAACUUACCUAAGAGUGCUUUAUACGUAUGGAAAGGCUUCGCAUUUCGAGGUUAUGUUUUGGGAAUAAAACCUUGUACUACUUAUUCUGUUUUUCUCAUAGAACCAGUUCGUUGUUUUAUUUUGGUGGAGUUCCUUGUUAUUUUAAUACUACAGCUCUCAAAGAGCCUUGGCCUCGUCUACCACAUACCUCUCCAGUCAUCACGAUUCCACGCUCGGCAUCUCCACCCCGUCAUACCUAGCUCCCCAAGAUCCUCUUCGACAUCAUCCAGCCAUGGUUUGCGCGGUCGCCCACGCAGUCGCCGGCCCUCGGGCUUGUGUCGGUACGCUUUGCGCACUCCCCGCUCCUCAGGCAUAUGCUCCAAAUGGCCUAUUCAUCUGAGUCUGGCCCUCUUGACUUCUGUCACCAGGCUCUACUCGUAGCUGUUCAAUAUCCGGGUCUCGCAGGCGUACUUAACAAUCGGGCGUAGAACCGCUUUUUCUUUCUCCAAUUCAAUAAACGUGACUUGAGUAGUCGUUGGAGACUGGAGUAUGCUCCUCAUUUUCACACCUUCUCUUAUUUACUACGAAUUGUCAUUAUUUUCGGUCACUAGUGAUCCCAGUUAUUUAAACGAUGGUACAUUUUCAAACUUAUACUUUAAAAGCAGAAGUUCUUCUGUUCCUAACCAUGUAUUUCGUUUUGGACUUGUUAAAGGUGAUCUCCGCUUUACAGGAUUCCUCCACCAGCUGCUCAAAUCUUUCCUUCAAUUCACGCUCCCUUCGACUGAGUACAUGAAUGUCAAGAACUGCACUAUUCUGUUGAGCAGACUUCCUCCUCCAGUAACUUCUGAUGACUCGUUCUAGAUUUAGGUUGAACAGUAGUGAAGUACACGAGAGGACGUCUCCUUUCCUGAAACCUGUUUGGAAUUCUCUUGAGGUCUUCCCCGCUAUCUUCACUUUGCUCUUGGUCAUUUUGAAGACAAAUUCCAGAAAUUAUUAAAGAAAAAUAAAAACCAAAAUCAUAAUGAUUAGUUGAAUACUUUCCUUAUUUUUCUGCAUUUUAGUAUCGUAUCAUAUCUUUUCGAUGGUUAACAAAUGAAAUGCCAAGUUUAAGCAACAGUUUAUUUAAAUUAAGUAGAAGACAAAAAAAACAAUUUGUAGUUGUUAAAAUUGAAUCUUAUCAUCAUAUUUUACAAUCUAAACUUAUAAACAUGUAUAAAUAUAUUGGUAAACGUUAUUCUUGUGGGAGUGUGGCAAACAAACACUGUACUAACCCUAAUAUAUUCCGAGCUUUCGAAUAACUUCAGGGAAUUAAUUAAACGAAAAUUUCGGUUGAAUAUAUUUUUCAUAAAAUUUUACGUUCAAAAAAUAACAUUCAAGAUGAAAAUGAGACAUAAAUAUUAAAAAACAAAAUAUCGUCAUAAAUAGAUUCCAAAAAUUCGAAAUAUUUGCAGAAAAAGAAGUAGGGGACACUUGGGUUAGUUGAUUCUCAUUAAGUCUUACAUAAUUUUUGGGUGAUUUUGAUUGUUCUGCUUUUAUUAUUUAUUAUUGUAACAAGUAAUAACAAAAAUACAUCGUACCUCGGUUCAAAAAGUGCCAUAAGUCAGAAAAAACAAAUUUAAUUAAUGUUUCACAUAAUAACUCCAAAACUGAUAAAGUAACCGCUAUGGUAACUAUUUACACGACAUUAUUUGAGAUUAGAAUGUCAAGUUUUUUAGCACCAAUAGUACAAUAAAAGAGAUUUUUCAAUUUUUUGACUUAUAACACUAUUUGUGCAGAUAUCUUCUGACUCCCUUACCUCAUUUUACUUAUUUUUUCAACCAUUUAAAGUACAAUAUACAUUGUAUUGAUAGUACCACGUUUACGUACAGAUCUCAAAUCAUAUUUUACAAAUAAAAGGUGAAACACAGUCAUCUAUAGGUUCGUUCCAAAGUUAAACGAACGAUUCUGUUUUGUGGUCCAACCGACUUGGGUAUCGUUUGUAAACCGUUUCCGGGACGGUUUUUUCCAUAAUUGGUUGAUAGAUUAGAAAGUUGGAACAAACCUUUUAUCAACUUGUAUUAUAAUGUCACACUUUACCAGUCUAUUAUUACAGAUUUUUUAAUGAAUAUUUGUCGAAAUGAGUAGAAAAAUAUUUUUUUUUGUAUGAAAUAGAGCAAUUGACAAAAAAAAAUAAUCUCCAAACCAAAAAUUUUGUGUUUUAAGAAGAUUGUAACAUAUUAUAUAUCAGAUUCGAAGUGGAUUUUGUCUUAUAAAAUGAGGAGAUUGAUAUUUUUCAAAAAAAGUAGAGAUUUAUAUAAUGAAAAAAACGGGGAAAGGAUAUUCAAAAAAAGUCUUGAUAUAUUUUAUUACUUGAUGAGUGUUGUAUUUCAAAGAAACUUCUUAAUAAGAACAAAAAAUGUUUUAAUUUACUAUUCUUUAGUGGCGCUGAGAAAAUUGCAACAAAGCUUAAGCAGAACACAAAAAAAACUUUAGCAUUUUAUGUCGAUAACAGAAAAAUUUCUAUUUAUCUUACUGAUAAUUUUUCUAAUGAUUUCCAUUUAUAGAAAAUUAUUAUCUUAUUUAGUGCUACCACCAUACUAAUAUUCACAAUUGAACCGUGUUUCGAUAACCAAGUUAUCGUCUUCAGAGACCAAAGUUAACCUCAGUGUUGGUGUACUGGUAGCAGUAAAUCGUGUCUUUAAUACUAAUAUCAUCAACUUUCCAGAAAUUUCCAAUACUUUAUAACUCAUAAUGAGAAAUAGAAUCGGAACAAAUUUUGUUUGUGUCCUGGUGACGUACUAUAUAAAUCGAUGACUAUAUUUCAGCGGUAGUAUUAUGAUCUAAUCGUUAAAAAAAUACAAAAGAAAUUUAGAAAAACUAAACCAGAAUAUAUUUUUAAAUGCACGAAACAAUCUUUCGACAUUCAUCGUAAAUUAAAAAAUUAGGAGUAAUUAAGGGUAUACAAUCAUGUUAAGUUUUAGUUUCGGUCAAUUAGUCCGGUCAAUAUAGAUAUUUAAAAUAACAAAAAUUCCCGGAAAGCUAAAUAUUAGUGGAGAACUGGGAUUUACCAUCACAAAUAAAGUUUUAAAAAUUCUCAUCGAUUCUUUGUCUGCUACAAAAGUUAUUCGGGAUCAAUAUCAAAAUUUGAGGUUUCUUGGUUAAAUCUAAAAAUUCUAUACAAAACUGGUCAUCAUUAUUUUUUUCUUAAACUUACCAUUCCUGAGAUAUCGCGAUUCUAAGAGUCAAAUUAUAUAUUAUAUGCACACCGUGGUUUCCCCUGUAGGCAUACUCCGCCAACUGUUAUGACAAUUUUAGUAUAAUUUAAUAGAACAAUACCCGUAAAGUUCUAGAUAUUACUUUAUUAUUUAUAUUGCUAUUGAUUAUUGAGUUAACUAUCGUUUUGUUUCCAUUAUAUAUUUUAAUCAGAUCCAUACUCUUGAAAGUCUACUUCAAUAGUCAUGUCUUUUUCGACUUCUUCCUCUUGCUGGAUGUUCAUAAAUUGUUCAAAUGUGGCUGUGUCAUUGGUCUCUUCAUUAAAAUCGCAGGAAUCUUCCUCUAUUCUACUCAACUGGACAUUUGACCAAGACUGACCUUGGCAAUCGAUACACGCUUGAGAACACAGCAACUCGACUUUUUUACAGCCACAUUUGGGCACUACAAACUUUUAUAUAAUUGCAAAAAAUAGUGUUGAGUUUUUUUGGAGCAGGUGGGAUUAAAGUUUUGAUCGGUUCCAGAGUAUUAUCUAUCAAUUUCCAAACCCAGUCUACUGCCUAGCCAUGUUUGAACUUGAUAGUAUACUCGAUACAAGUGUUGAAUAGCAGAUGUCGAUGUUGGAGGUAGACAUGACAGUUGUUUUUUACAUUUGUUGAAUAUCGUUAUUCAAUCAAUGCAAGUAAUUUUUUUUUGGAACUCCAUAAACCUUUCUUCCGUAUUUAUUGUUUUAGGUGUGGAAUCAAUUUCUGUACAUACUUCAGCGCAGGGCCGGAUUAAGCAGCACCGGGCUCCAGGUCUAAGGGGGCCCCAUCAUUUGAAAACAUUCUCUAUUUUUUUAUGUGUAGAUACUCAAAUCUAACGUAGUGAUUAUUUUUUCAAUUUUUCCGGGUUUCUGAAUUCCUUAAGGGGGCCCCGUCAUUAUUUUAGUCCCGGACCUUAUAAAUCAUAAUCCGGUCCUGCUUUAGCGCAGUCAUUAAAAUUUUUUUUACGAAUAAUUUAAAUAACUGACGUUUUGCCCCUUCUGUACAUUGCUGACGACCUGAGACAUUUUUGUACCUAAAAAAAAACAGCUCAAUUAACCUAAAUGGUAGGCGCUUGUAAUAAGUACGUAUAUCCACUUGAACUGAACCUUUAGCACUGAAAAACAGGUAUCUUUAUGUCUAAAUUGAGCGGACUAAAUACUAAACGCACUAUCUUUUAAAGUAAACUAACUAUAUACUUGAUAUGAUAAAGUUAGACAGAUAGUAGCAAUGAACACGUCAUAAUAAAUAAUGUAUUUCACAAAUAUAGGGGAAGCCCGGGCAAGACGAAUAUGUUAAGGGAAAGGAUUAAAAAAACUGAACUUGGACAACGUCCACAUAAAUUUUUGAUUACAAAUAAAAAGUGCCUAUUAUCCGUCGACAGAGUAUCAGUUAUAUUAAAUGAGGCAUUAUUUAUAGGUUGGAGGAACAAAAUCUCCAAAUACAUUUAGAUUAUAAGGUCUAAUUCCUGGUUCAAUAAAUCCAUUUGUUGCGUUCUGGACCGAAGCACUUUUGAUAUAAGCUGAAGCCAAAUAGUUUUGCUGAUUCAUAAUUCUUCCAGGGUGACUUUUUUGAAACGUGGGUGCGCGAUAUUUUUUUUGUUGUAUAUUGAUACACUCUGAAUGAGUUGAACCAAAAAACUGACUGUCUUAAUUAUUUCAAGUAUACACACAGCUCUUUUUCUUGCUCUGUUGUAAAUCUACAGAGUUUUUUUGACUUUAUAUGUCGAUGCAAAGGUGUAAAUGGAAUUUCAAAUUCAGUAGCGGUAGAUUUAAUAGACUUUCUUCUUCUUUAAUAGCUUUUAUUACUUUUUUAAGUGAUUCCUCUGACCAAACUCCUCGACCACUUUUGCAUUUGUAUUUAAACACCGUAAAAAACAAAUCAUAUUUUAUUUAAUGUAAUGCUAAUUAAUAAUGACAUCAAUUCCUCACUUACUACUAUACCUAUAUUCUAAUUGACUUGAUUAAAUGUCUAAAAAAAUAUUGAACUAAGUAUAUCCUUCUUGCCCAAAUCACUCAUAUUUAUAAAUUGAAUUAGCUUACUAUAAAAAGAGUCUAUUCGUUAACACUUAAAACAUAAUGCAAAAAUCAAUCAAUCAAUACACUUAACUUGCCAAAAAUCGUAACAAAACAGCAAAAAACUUUUUACUUUAACAACAACACACGCUUCUAUUGUUUUCGUUGAACUGUCAUGGCGAGGCUGAGUUGUUCUUCUUAGGGUUGGUAUUAUAACUGGACGUUAUUCGAACGCCCGUCGAAACUCCACCGUUGGCCAACCGUAGCUUUGUGCUGAACAAUUUGCUUAGGCUGCACUUGAAGUUCAAUUUUAACCAAUCAAUUCUGAGUGAACUGACAUUUGACGUGAAAAGUGUGUCAGUCAAAUGUCAAAGUAUAGUUUGUUUGAAGUGUCCACGUGUAGUUUCAAUAUUAUAUAAAUUUAAAAAGAUGAAUUGCAAAGGAAAAAGAGUUAUCAGUGUAUCAGAUGAAUAAUCAUUACUAUUAUCUUUCAAAAGUAGCCUAUUUUAUAAAAUUUUGAGAGAAAAUGAUAACAUCGUUCAACUGGUUCAAUUAAUUUAAAAUAAUAUAUAUAAAGCCAAAGUAAAUAAAAAUUGAGGUUAGAAAGUAUCUUUCAACUCUCGGUUGACACUUCAAACUGAACUUUCGUUGCGGUUGGACCAACCGACAAUCAACCAGCCGCUCGAUCCCUGGCUAACGUUUAUAAUACGUAAAUUCGGCCUCAACUAAUAGUUGAAUCUCAACCUUCGGUCAAGCGUAUUUUAUAAUACCGAUCUUUACCCACACUAUGCAUCUAGCACGGGCUUCCCCUAAGUUCACAAUUCUAAAGAAUUUGGACUGUUUUCACGAAUAAAUUAUAUCUGAAGUUUAAUAUUGUGUAUUGUAUCACUUUCAUUGAACACUAUGCUUCCAAAAUCAAUAUCAAACAUUGCAACACAUAUCUAUAUCUUCCAAUAUAUUCAAAGCCAUGGGAUUUGAUUUCAUUCAUUUAGUUAAAUUUUACUGUGUUUUUUUUUUGGUAAUUACUAUUAAUAAAUGAGAAAACUAAAAUGAUUUUGUGAUGGAUUAUGUUGAAUGUUAUAUUUUUAAAAUGUAUUAUUGUAUGAAAUUAUGUUUCCGUGUUAUAUUUAUGAUAAUAAUUCUAUCACACAAAAUGUGAUUAUAUUUUAACAAAGUAAUUCCAUGUGUAUAAAAGUAUCCUCACAAUAAAAUAGGAAUUGAUUUUAACGUAAAAUAGUGAUCACAAUUUUUUGUGCCAUAUUUUAUUUUUAAUUUUGUAACAAAGACUGAAUUUGUUCAAAUUAUCAACCCUUACCUUAUUUUGAUGCGUAAACGGUAACUAUUUUUCAUUGUUUCAAAUGGGUACAUAAUCAAAUAUUUAGUCAACCCUAGAAGCCUUCGACUGCUCCCUUUGAUCUAUCGGUAUCAUUUUGUUAGCUGAAUUUACCGAAUAUGCAGAUUGGAUACCGCGUAAAAAAAUUUCCCUAUUUCCAUAUUCUAUAUGAAUUUGAAUAAAAUGUUUACUACUGCUUUGACCAUGUCCUCCACCAGUGAAGAUGAAGUUAUAAAGAUGUUUGUUUAUUUGCGAUUGAGAAGAAGAAGAAAACGAAAACACGGUCAGAGUCAAAUGAUUGAUCAGCUUUUCCAACAAGGUCUGGGUCGGUUUUUUCACAGGAACCAGAUACUUGUAAACACGAAACUUAUUCAGUUAUAUAAUGAUCAUCUUUGUUUUGAACGUAGUCUAUAAUCUGGUCAUUCUCAACUUCCCAAACAAAUAUUAUCUUCCUCGUUUAAGAUUCCUAAAAUAUCAUCUUCGUAUAAUCUUUUAGAUCGUGACAUAUUUCUACCUGAAAUAACGCCGCAAAUAGAUAUAAAAUAUAUGAAAAACAAACAAAAGUAACAUCACAAUAAAUUUGAAAUUGUUCUUGGUCUUGGUCUAGUUUUGUAUUAUUAUCAUAUAUAUUUCCUUAAAGCAUUUCUUUAAGGUCUAACAACAGCCAGUAGUUGAUUGGAACUAGAUCUGGAGCAAAUGGUAUGUGGGGAAGAUACUCAAAUUUCAAUUAAUUGGAUUUAUAUUUUUUUGUGUGACACUUUUUCUUUAAUAUGUAUAUAGGACUGUUUCUUUGGAAUUUCCAUCUUCAAUUGUUAAUUGUUUCACCUUUUCCAAACAGUCCAUGAACAAUUUUGUUUGUAUUGUUUAAAAACACUCAUUAAAAAAUUCUAACAAAGAGACUUUGAGGAAAGAGCAGUAAAGUUUAUACAUAGCUGUUUUCCAGAAGAUGUUUGGGCAAGAGAACAAUUUGAUUAUCUAAUGUUUACUUCCGUUAACGUUUACUAUGAUUCCAAUAAUUUUUUUUGCUUUGCACAAAAAUCUAAUCGGACAACUAAUACCAAUAAGCAAAUCUUCGGUUGGACAAAAGACAGCAAUCACUUGAUUAUAGUCAUUUCUGUUUAUUUUGUCCAGUUUACUGUAUGCAGUAAUUUGAGAGUGAAAAUUGAAGCAUUUUGGUAUUUGGAGGUUCAUUUUAACUUCAGACCUGUGUCCAAAUAGUUUUAAACAUGGUGUUGAUGAUAUUAUUUCAUAAGUUACUGUAACUUAUGAUAAAUUUUGCUCCCAGUUAAAACUAUACAGUUCAAAAUUGUUUAUGCUUGUUAAUGUUCAUGAUUUUAGGUAUUUUGUGAUUCGAAAUUAGUUUUUUCUAUAAUUUUUUAAAAACAGAUGAGAAUUUGCGUUUCAACUUCUUUUAGUCUUUAUUAAAAUAUGCAUAUUUAUAACAAUCAAUAGAUUUGUAUAAAUACGUAUUUGAAAUGUAAAAAAUAAGGAAAAAUUAAUGUUUCUUGUUAAAAACAAAUUUAUAUUUUGAUUUUUUUCUUAUUUUGAUAUUUAUGGUGUAGGUGAUCUAUUGACUUAGAGUUAGAUUUUGAAUUGAAUUUUAAAUAGGAAUAGACCUAAAAUCAAGAACAUUUGAAAGUAUAACCAUAUCAAAAGGUAUAAGAAAAUAAAGAAGUUCGAAAACGUUUUACCAAAGUUAUUAUCUCCCUAAAUCUGUUGUGAAUAUAAUUGUUGGAAGCUGGAAUUUCAAAAAUAGAUUUGGUCUAAAAUUUUUGUUUAUGCAUAUAUUUAUCUUUAGGUCCAUACUCUUCUAGAAAACAGUUUUUUUGCUUUAAAUUAUCUUCAAUAUAGUUAUUUUGUUAGAUCGAGAGACAAUCGAAUGCCUUCUCUGCCUCAAAUACGUGAUUUAAUUUAUGAUUUAUUUUCAUGACACUACCUGCAGAAAAUUACAUUACUCAGAAUGCCGUCGAUAAGUCUGAUUUAGUAUAAAAAUAUAUGAAAACUAAGACAAUGUUUGUUAUAUUACAAAGUAUGCCCAAUCAUUGACAAAAUUAGCAGACAUACACAAAAUUUCCCAUGAAAUAUCGGAUGUGAUUUUCAUGUUCUAAUCUAAACAAAACCGACACGAUUGACUUGAUUACUUGACAAAAUACAUUUAAAUUAAAGGGAAAUGUAAUACAUGAAGUUAAAAAUAAAAGUCAACAUAAUGACACAAAAUGUCAUUAGCAGGACCGCCAACCAUUCAUAAUGAAAAAACCACGGACAUCUGCUAUAAAACUAACUGUAGAGUCGGGCUUGUUCAACAAUAUCUAAAGAUAUACAUAAUUUUGAAUAAAAGUUUCUGAUAAUUGGUUUUUUUAAAUAAAUAUCGUUGUACAUUAUUUUCAAGUUCUUGAAACUUAAAUUUUUGUAGUAAAUUGAAUUCUUUUCUUUAACGUUGAGUAUCAAAAUGAGGUUUUUCUAUUUGUGUUAUUUAAAUGUUGUGAUCUUGUACAAUUUUAGUCGUUACACGAAUGGUUUAGAAUGGUGCUUUAUUAUUAUAAUUUUUGCCACUAGAAAACAAACUUAGUAAAAUAAUGAGAUACAUAAAAUGUUCCAAUUUACAAGAAAAAUUAUGAUGAGGUUAUCAUGAUUUCUGAUAUCCCAGUCUGAUAAACUAAAAAUAAUUUUUUUACUGUAAUUUCAUUUCAUUCAUUACGUUUUUUUAGCACCAAGAUAGAAAAAAUACAAAUUUUCAUAAUGGUUUAAUAAAAAUGUUAACCAUUUGAUUAAAUUUUGUUCCUUAUAGUUGUGAUUUUAAUUUUUAUUUGUUGAAAGCAUGAAAAGGAUAUUACAUAUUAGAUUUUUUUAAUUUUUAUAAUUCUAUCUCGUUCCAGAACAUCCAUCAACCACUGCUGAAAUUUUUUGUCCCUCAAAUCUUCUCAUCCAUUUCUGUCCAUCGCUAGUUGAUUCAGUAUCUCUUUAAAUCUUUUCUGGUCAUCUUAUUUAGGGUCUGCUUCUUCAUUUUUAAAGCACCGCGUCUAGGUCUAGGUAUGUUCAGUAAUCGACCAGUCUGAUUUUUUUUGUAAUUUGUCCAACACAGGCACAUGUAUUUUUUUGCAGGUUUGGUAAACUAUUGUUGAUUUGAACAUUUUAUAUAAGAGGUUGACAUAAAAACUAAGAAUAGCCAUAUAAUAAAUAAUUUAUUGAAUGAAAAUUAAAUAAAUAAAUAAAUUGAAAAUAUUUUCUACAAA